AUGGCUCCCGGUAGUGGCCGCGAUUUUAACUGUUCAUGGGGAGAAUGUAACAAGUCGUUCAAUCGCAAGUCCGAUCUCUGUCGACAUUAUCGCAUUCACACCAAUGAACGGCCUUAUCAGUGCACUGUCGAAGAGUGCAAUAAGAGUUUCAUUCAGCGUAGUGCCUUGACCGUGCACUCCAGAACCCACACGGGUGAAAAGCCCCACGUUUGUGACCAUGAAGGCUGUCAGAAAGCAUUUUCAGAUUCCUCGAGUCUGGCUCGCCAUCGCCGCAUCCACACGGGCAAGCGGCCGUAUAUUUGCCAAGAGCCAGAUUGUGAACGGAGUUUCUGUCGGAAAACCACGCUCACCAAGCACCAACAUCGUUCCCACCCUCCAGGAUCCAUGAGUCGGCCAUCGUCGGAGGAUACGGCCUCGGAGAACUCCUACGGCAGCCAAACACCGGUGCCGGUGGCUACGACCAUGCCGAACGAUCAAUACAUGCUCGCCCAGCAACCGUUUUAUGCGCAAUCAGCAACUCCAACCCAUGACUACUACUCGCCACAGAGUGUUCCCAUGGGUGGAGUGCCAGUCCACGAGGGUGGUCCUCCGAUCGUGGCUCAAAGUAUUCCUGUGAGCUCACCGAUGAGCAUGCAACACCCAGCGCAUCACCCGCAUCACCCGCAUCAGCAGCACCAGCACCAGCACCAGCACCAGCACCACCAUCAUCAGCAGCAACAGUAUAUGCAGCAAAUACUCCAGCAGCAACAGCAGCAACAGCAGCAACAGCAGCAGCAGCAGCAUCAGCAACAGCGCUUUGACUCCAAUCCGCGCACGAGCUAUAUCCCGGCGGAGUAUCAACAACAGCCCCCACAACAACCCUAUCCGGGCCACCAGAUGCCGCAAGAACAGCCAAUGAUGGUUUCGUAUCAUCCAAACUAUGCGUAUAAAUCCCCAGGCCCCCGGCUCUUGAAUCAACCUGAGGGGACUGACUGGGGUUUUCUGGGAGUAGGCUAA